AUGAAUGUCGAUCGUCCCGGCCGUCGGAUCCGCAUGCCAUGGGAGUCGCGAUCCAAUACCGACGUGCGCCCGCGGGAUGACUCGUCGACCUUGGUGUCGCGCCGCAUGCGGAUUCCCUUCCUGCACGGCGACGCCAAGAACCACUUUGUGGCCAUGCUGGCCGAGUUUGUCGGCACGUUUCUGUUUCUCCUGUUUGCGUUUGGCGGCACCAAUGCCGUCAACAACUCGCCGGGUAAAGACCAGGAGAGCCUCAAUGCUGACCCCGCGCGGUUGCUCUAUAUCGCCUUGUGUUUUGGUAUGAGUCUGGCCGUGAACGCUUGGGUCUUCUUCCGCAUCAGCGGCGGACUCUUCAACCCGGCCGUGACCCUGGGCAUGAUGCUCGUGGGCGGAGUCACGUACGUCCGCGGCUGUCUAGUCAUGCUCAGCCAAAUCCUGGGCGGCAUCGCGGCCGCCGCGGUCGUCUUGGGUCUGUUCCCGGGCCCGCUCAAUGUUCGCACGUCGCUCGCGGGCGGCACCAGUGUGGUUCAGGGUCUCUUUAUUGAAAUGUUCUUGACAGCCCUGCUGGUAUUCACCAUUUUCAUGUUGGCGGCGGAAAAGCAUCGGGCUACUUUUGUUGCUCCUAUUGGUAUUGGUCUCGCUUUGUUCAUUGCCGAGUUGGUUGGCGUUUUUUAUACUGGCGGCAGCGUAAACCCAGCGCGAUCAUUUGGUCCAUGUGUAGUCCUUGGCUCGUUCCACGGCUACCAUUGGAUCUACUGGGUUGGCCCUAUUCUCGGAUCACUCCUGGCUACGGCCUUUUACUUGCUCGUAAAGGCGCUGGAGUACGAGACUGUCAAUCCCCAGGCCGACACUGACGGCACCAUGCGGAUGAAAUUUGACCCAACUACGGGAGAUGAGAAUAGGAUUUCGCCUAGUCCGCCCAAAACAGAGACUAUUCACGCGGAAAAUCACAAUGGCCGCACCAGCACUGACGCCCUGCGACAUGAAACCAUGUCCAAUGGCCACAGCCAGGGAGCAAGAUCAAGUUUUGGCGAUCAUGCCUACAGGGAGAGCACCAAUCUCGAGGCUGGCCGACGUGUGUCGCCCGUUUAA